AUGAUACGGCCCAUUCGUCUCCUCAUAUCCGGACCCCUGGCGGCACCCAUGGGCGCCCGCUGUUUUCAUACAACGGCUGUGGCAAGGCAGCUGGGGCGCGGGACGUUCUUUGCGUACUUGGGCCUCCCGGUGUCGCCCGAGUUGGACGUGGCGGCGGUGCAACGCGCGUAUCACAACCUGCAGCGCCGCGUCCACCCCGAUCAAGCCAACGUGCAGGCCAGGGCAGCAGUGCAGGAGGAGGAGGAGGAGGCAGCGAAGGUAACCUCGGCCGCCUCUUCUCCCCCCUUGGCAUCGGUGGCAGUGGCGGUGGAAUCAGGAAUACGACAGGCGGAUACUGACGACUCGACGUACGCCAACGCGUCCUACGAGACGCUGCGCGACCCGUUCCUGCGCUGCAGGUAUCUGCUGCAGCUGUGUCGUGCAGAGACAGUCAAGGGUUCCCCGUUGACACCAGAAGAGGAGGAAGCCCUCAUGCACGAAGACGAUAGUCGCACCUUAAAGGAAAAUCAAAAGCUCGCAGGUGCUGACGCUGGCGGUACUGAUUCCGCUGCUGGUGAUAACGAUAUAUCUCUUCCGAUAGAGUUUCUUGCGGAGAUGAUGGCGGCAAAUGAGUCUAUCUUUUCCGCCGAUUCCACAGCUGCAGAUGGCCGGGCGACACUGCAGCUUCUCAUUGCACACAUGGAGGAGCGCUACGAGGAGUGCUACAGCAACGCCAAAGCAUGUUGGAAGAAUGGGGAGCUGUGCAAGUUUCGCCGCUGCAUCCUAGAGUGGACAUACAUACGCAACGCUCUCAUACACGCAAGGAACCGACUGGACUAA